AUUCAGAAUAUUUCUCAAUCAAAACUCCGGUCUUGUGAAAAGUGAUGGCAUAACGCGUUAACUGCCAAAAUGAAUCGCUACACCAUUCUUCAUCAACUUGGAGAUGGAACUUAUGGAUCUGUAGUGUUAGGGCAAAGGAAAGACACCGGUGAGAAAGUUGCUAUCAAGAGAAUGAAGAGGAAAUAUUAUUCUUGGGACGAAGCAAUGAAUCUAAGAGAAGUCAAGUCCUUGAAGAAACUGCAUCACAGCAAUGUUGUGAAACUGAAAGAGGUGAUAAGAGAAAAUGAUGUUCUAUAUUUUGUGUUCGAAUAUAUGCAAGAAAAUUUAUACCAACUUAUCAAAGAUCGGAGAGUGCCAUUCCCAGAGACUACUGUCAAAAAUAUGUUACAACAGAUACUUCAAGGUCUUGCGUUCAUCCAUCGCCAUGGGUUUUUUCAUCGUGACCUGAAACCCGAAAAUAUCCUGUGCUCAGGAACAGACUUGGUCAAAAUUGCUGACUUUGGGCUGGUGCGAGAAAUUCGAUCGAGACCCCCUUACACGGAUUAUGUUUCGACAAGAUGGUAUAGAGCACCUGAAGUUCUAUUGCAUUCUACAACUUAUAGCAGUUCCAUAGAUAUGUGGGCGGUUGGUUGCAUAGCCGCCGAAAUCUAUACUUAUAGACCCUUAUUUCCUGGAACGACAGAAACGGACCAAUUAUACAAGAUUUGUGCCUUGUUGGGCACGCCAGAUAAGGAAAAAUGGCCAGACAGUUAUCAACUUGCUGGAGCAUUAGGAUUCAAAUUUCCAUAUUUCAUCAAAACUCCUUUGAGCGAUGUUGUGCCACAAGCUAGUCUGAAUGGUGUGAAUCUGAUAGACGAACUUUUGGAAUGGAACCCUGCUCUUAGGCCAAGUUCCCAGGCAGCACUGAAACAUCAAUAUUUCCUGAUUGGUCAGUACACAAACCAUCAACCUCCUCGCCAAAUACAAAUCAAUAGUGCCUUAACCCACACCAACGGUAUUUUCAAAAAUAUCAUCACCGAUCAACAUCAGGAAGACUCGCAACAAAUCUAUCCCCGUGCUCAACCCCAAAUUCAACUACAAGCCAAUGGCAGGCCUCUAUUGAAACAACUGAAUAACAAUGUACCAUCUAUGCAACAGAAUAUACAACCGUCGGUACAAAUAAAUAUUCAAUCACUGAUCAAGCCAAUGGAUUCACCUGAGAAACCCAGAGCCCAACCCGCUCCAAUUGUGUACAGUUUUGGGCAAUCUGAUUUAGGUAGCAAAUAUUUACCAGUGUUUAAUAGCAUCAAUGGUAAAGCUAUGCAGAAUAAAAAAUUAACUUGGGGAAUGGAAACAAAUUUUGAGUACGAGGAUGAUUUUGCCGAUAUUUUGGGUAAACUGAAGCUGCCCUCCACAGAAAUGAGGAAAGACACUAAGAUGAAUCUAAGCCAAUUCAAUCUACAAGAUAUUUUGGAACCCCUGGCCAAAGCUAGUGCAGGAACUACUCGUAAUCAGUAUCUCAAUGUAUCCCGAUUCAUCGAAAACCAACCUUCUCGACUCAGGAGGGACUCCAAUCUCAGUUUAUUUUCGAAUUUCAACAAUGAUGGAAGGGACAGUGCCGUUCAGAAUAAAAAUAAGAAGAACGGAAAAGUGGAUUUAACUAACCUAUGGACUGAUUUUGGAGAUCUAACCUCAGCUAAAAGGAGGCUUGGAAACCUGAAUAUUCCAAACACUAAUGGAUACGAUCUCACAGCCAAGUAAAUCAUUUCUAUGUUUUCAAUUUCCUAUUUGAUCUCCAAUCAACGACUUCAUAUUUGUUCAUUAGAAUUACAUCGAUACGGAAUAAUUGAAACUGUGAUAGAAAUUUAUUUUUCUAUUGUUAAAAUAUUUGUAGUAUGUAUCACAAUUGAAAGUUAUCUCAUUAUAUUAAAUCACCGAAUAAACAUUAUGACAAAAAUA